AUGGCGUCCUGGAAGGACGGCGAAACUAGCAGCGAAGAUUCUGUGUCCCCCCUCUUCAACUCGCACGCGGACGAGACCUACAUCCCACAGACCAUUGUUGACCCGGAGUGGUGCGGUAUUGUUGCCGGAGGACCGAUGUGCUGUCACAACCUUCCUGUUCAUAGGGCUGUUGUGUUCCAAGGAAUCAACACUGGCCGUAGGUUUUAUGGAUGCGGUAAUCAGUUUACUGAAGAUGUUGUUUUAUCAGCUGUUUUGAGGGGAAAAGGUGUCAAGUUUAAUCAAUGCUUAACUGAAUGUGUCUGGAAGAAUGUGAUGAGAGAGAAUUAUCAGAAGAUUAUGCAGGAUGGUGAUGUAGAGAAUGCUGUAGUUCAAGCCCAGGAAGAGAAGGCUAAACUUGAGAAAGACAAUAUUGAACUUAGGACAGCACUGCAAGUGAUUAAGCAGAGCAAUGAUGAACUUGUUAGGAAUUGGAAGCAACAUGUAGCAGAUGAAGGUGUUCAACAGAUUGAACAGAUGAAGAAGGAGAAGAAGAAGCUAGAGUAUAUCAUAGCUGAUUUGCUUAAGGAUGGGGAGGCAAACAAGAUGAAGAUGAGGAAAAUCAAAGAAAUAUGUGAUGAGUGA